AUGCCACCUCCCGUCGGCAGAUACGGGCCAUCUGGCCUAGCUACUCCUUACACCCUACAGCAAGCUCACCUUCAAUCUCAGCACCCCGCACACGCAUCAGCCAAUAGCCUACCACCCCCUUCGCUUGGGCAUCCAGGCUUCGCGGGCAACCCCAACACCAACAUCAACCCUUUUACUCUGUCUGGCGCCAGUAUUGCGAAUGGCAUGGCUGUGGGUGGCUUUCCAGGGGCUGGUGCGAGUGAUGGUGGGGGCACCGGUCUUGCUAGCCAUGCAGCACAGAUGGGAUUCGCGCGCGGUGCGCAAAUGCAACAGCAGCAAUUACAUCAAGGUCAUGACGGUCGUUUAGCACUCGAGAACAAGGCUGGUGCAGCGAAGUCACGGAUAAGAGAUGUCUGGAAACACAACUUGGCACAUGAGAUGGCAGUGUUGAGACAGUUGGUUGACAAGUACCCAUACAUCAGCAUGGAUACCGAGUUCCCCGGAAUUGUUGCACGACCGAUCGGUUCGUUCUCGAAUAAAGCAGACUACCAUUACCAGACUCUCCGAUGCAACGUCGAUCUUUUGAAGAUGAUUCAGCUCGGAAUUACCCUGUUCAAUGAUGAGGGAGAGGUACCGCCAGCCUCCGGCAUCGAUGCCAAUGGACAACCCUACGGCAAUGCAAUGAUGCCCGCACCUUGCACAUGGCAGUUCAAUUUCCGGUUCUCGCUAGAAGGAGACAUGUACGCUCAAGAAUCAACAGCAAUGCUCGCAAAGUCCGGAAUCGAUUUCGCCAUGCACGAGAAGAACGGAAUCGAUCCUUUUGAAUUCGGUGCUCUGCUGAUCAGCUCUGGGCUGGUGCUUCUGGAUGAUGUUCACUGGGUUUCUUUCCACUCUGGAUACGACUUUGGCUAUUUGAUGAAGAUCAUGCUCUGCUCUCAGCUCCCCGAGAAUGAGGAGGAAUUCCACAAGCUGCUCACCAUCUUCUUCCCCUCUCUAUACGACAUCAAGUACCUCAUGAAGCACGCCGGACGCAACCAAGCAGUCAACGGCUCUCCUCUCACACCCGCUGCGGCACAGAUCCUCACCAACCUCGGACAGAAAUCUGGUCUGCAAGACAUUGCCGAUGAACUCGGUGUUAAGCGCAUUGGAAUCGCUCACCAGGCUGGGUCCGACUCCCUCGUGACGGGCGAGAUUUACUGGAAGACUCGCCAACUCAUUUUCGGCGGCGCGAUCGAUGACAGCAAAUACUCCGGCCAGAUCUGGGGUCUCAACGGGCAGAUGCCCGCAAUGGCCUACAAUAUGGCCCAGCAAACCCCGAACUUGAACGGAGCCACCAUCUAUUCCGGCGGCACUCCAAGCACUCCCAACACAGGGUCUCACGGAACCGGCGCCCACACCCCUCAACAUCACGGAGCUGGCUACAACACCACCCCUGGAGGUUUCCAGAUGGGUCGAGCAUAA